UCUGCCUCAGAUCUCGCGAGAGCUCCGUCCGAGGCAGCGGCCCAGGGCCAACAUGGCGGAAGAAGAGGUGGCCAAACUGGAAAAACACCUUUCGCUUCUCCGUCAGGAAUAUGUCAAGUUGCAGAAGAAGCUGACGGAGACGGAGCGGAAAUGCGCGCUUCUGGCUGCCCAGUCGAACAAGGAGAAUGGCAGCGACUCCUUCAUCAGUCGACUGCUUGCUAUCGUAGCAGAGCUGUAUGAGCAGGAGCAGUAUAGUGACCUGAAGAUAAAGGUUGGAGGCAAAUGCAUCAGCGCUCACAAAUUUGUAUUGGCAGCCCGCACCGAGACUUGGAGCCUGGCCAACCUGGUGUCGACGGAGGAGUUGGAUAUGUCAGAUGCUGACCCCGAGGUGACCAUGGCAAUGCUGCGUUGGAUCUAUACGGAUGAGCUGGAGCUGAGAGAAGACGAUGUGUUCCUGACGGAGCUGAUGAAACUAGCCAACAGGUUUCAGCUCCAGCUCCUCAGGGAAAGGUGUGAAAAAGGCGUCAUGUCGCUUGUAAACGUCAGGAACUGCAUCCGUUUCUAUCAAACUGCGGAGGAGCUGAACGCCAGCACCUUAAUGAACUACUGUGCUGAGAUCAUCGCUAGUCACUGGGAUGAUUUGAGGAAAGAAGACUUCAGCAGCAUGAGCGCUCAGCUCUUGUAUAAAAUGUUCAAAUCUAAAACGGAGUUCCCUUUACACAAAGCUAUUAAAGUGGAGAGAGAAGACGUUGUUUUCCUGUAUCUUAUUGAAAUGGAUUCACAGCUGCCUGGGAAGUUAAAUGAACUGGAUCACAACGGAGACCUCGCUUUAGAUCUCGCUCUUUCUCGAAGGCUGGAGAGUAUUGCAACCACUCUGGUUAAUUACAAAGCAGACGUCGACAUGGUGGACAAGAAAGGAUGGAGCCUGUUGCAUAAAGCUAUUCAAAGAGGAGACAACUUUGCUGCUAGUUUCCUCAUUAAAAACGGUGCCCGGGUGAACGCCGCAACGUUGGGAGACCAGGAGACACCUCUGCACCUGGUGGCGUCGUACAGCCCCAAGAAGCAUAAACCAGAUAUAAUGGCAGAGAUGGCGCAAAUUGCCGAGUCCCUCUUGAAGGCAGGAGCCAAUCCCAACAUGCAGGACAGCAAAGGGAGAACUCCUCUGCAUGCUUCCAUCGUUGUGAGAAAUGACCAAGUAUUCAGCCAGCUACUUCAAUGCAAGCAACUUGAUCUGGAGCUGAAGGAUCACGAAGGGAGUACCGCCCUGUGGCUUGCCGUCCAGUAUAUCACUGUGUCUUCCGACCAGUCCGUCAACCCCUUCGAGGAUGUGCCCGUGGAGAACGGCACCUCUUUUGAUGAGAACAGCUUUGCCGCCAGGCUCAUCCAGCGAGGCAGCAAUACAGAUGCUCCCGAUACAGUGACAGGGAACUGCUUGCUUCAGAGAGCGGCUGGGUCAGGAAACGAGGCUGCUGCUCUCUUCCUGGCCACUCACGGGGCCAAAGUUAACCACAGGAAUAAAUGGGGAGAAACACCACUGCACACAGCCUGUCGGCACGGUCUGGCCAAUCUCACAGCAGAAUUGCUGCAGCAAGGAGCCAACCCUAACAUCCAGACGGAGAAAGCCGGGCCCGCCCAGAAAGGGGCCGCGGCACCUAGCACAGCAGAUAAUGUCAGCCUACAAAGUCCUCUUCACAUGGCUAUAGCUUAUAACCACCCAGAUGUGGUAUCUGUCAUACUGGAGCAAAAAGCUAAUGCUCUUCAUGCCAUCAAUAAUCUGCAGAUCAUCCCUGACUUCAGCCUCAAGGACUCCAGAGACCAAACUGUCCUGGGACUAGCCUUGUGGACAGGGAUGCACACGAUCGCAGCUCAGCUCCUCGGAUCUGGGGCGUCCAUCAAUGACACCAUGUCGGACGGGCAGACGCUGCUGCACAUGGCCAUACAACGGCAAGACAGCAAGAGUGCGCUCUUCCUUCUGGAACACCAAGCUGAUAUCAGCAUCAGGACUCAGGAUGGGGAGACAGCGCUGCAACUGGCCAUCAAAAACCAGCUUCCGCUCGUGGUCGAUGCCAUUUGCACGAGGGGAGCCGACAUGUCUGUUCCAGACGACAAAGGGAAUCCCCCGCUGUGGCUCGCUCUUGAAAAUAACCUGGAAGACAUUGCCUCGACUCUGGUAAGACAUGGUUGCGAUGCAACAUCCUGGGGCCCGGGACCGAGUGGCUGUUUGCAGACCUUGCUCCACAGAGCCAUUGACGAGAACAAUGAACAGGUCUCCUGCUUCCUUGUCCGCAGUGGCUGUGAUGUCAACAGCCCGAGGCAGCCGGGCGCCAACGGUGAGGGCGAUGAGGAAGCCCAUGACGGACAGACGCCGUUGCACUUGGCAGCUUGCUGGGGCCUCGAAGAAACAGUGCAGUGCCUUCUGGAGUUUGGCGCCAAUGUCAACGCACAGGAUGCGGAAGGUAGAACGCCGAUCCACGUGGCCAUUGUCAACCAGCACGGCGUCAUUAUCCAGCUGAUGAUCUCGCACCCGGAGAUCCAGCUCAAUGUGCGGGACCGGCAGGGCAUGACCCCGUUCGCCUGUGCCAUGACGAACAAGAACAACAAGGCUGCAGAGGCGAUCUUGAAGCGGGAGCCGGGAGCCGCCGAGCAGGUGGAUAACAAAGGCCGGAAUUUCCUCCACGUGGCUGUUCAGAACUCCGAUAUCGAGAGCGUGCUCUUCUUGAUCAGCGUCCAGGCGAACGUAAAUUCCAGGGUCCAGGAUGCCUCCAAGCUAACUCCGUUGCAUCUCGCUGUGCAGGCCGGCUCUGAGAUCAUAGUGCGCAAUCUGCUGCUUGCAGGUGCUAAAGUCAAUGAGCUGAACAAGCACCGUCAGACAGCCCUCCACCUUGCGGCUCAGCAGGACCUGCCCACAAUUUGCUCGGUUCUCCUGGAGAACGGAGUCGACUUUGCAGCAGUGGACGAAAAUGGGAACAACGCCCUCCACCUGGCAGUCAUGCAAGGACGUCUGACUAACAUCCGUGUCCUCCUGACAGAGUGCACCGUGGACGCCGAAGCCUUUAACAUCAGAGGUCAGUCGCCAAUGCACAUCCUGGGGCAAUAUGGGAAAGACAACGCGGCGGCCAUCUUUGACCUCUUCCUGGAAUGCAUGCCGGAGUAUCCUCUUGACAAGCCGGAUGCUGAGGGAAACACAGUGCUUCUCUUGGCCUACAUGAAGGGAAAUGCCAACUUGUGCCGGGCCAUCGUGAGAGCCGGCGCUCGCCUGGGCGUCAACAACACCCAGAGCAUCAACAUCUUCAACUAUCAAGUGGCUACCAAGCAGCUCCUCUUCCGGCUCCUGGACAUGCUGUCCAAGGAGCCUCCCUGGUGCGACGGCUCCAAUUGCUACGAGUGCAGUGCCAAGUUCGGGGUCACGACCAGGAAGCAUCACUGCCGGCACUGUGGCCGUCUGCUGUGCCACAAGUGCUCCACCAAGGAGAUCCCCAUCAUCAAAUUCGACUUGAACAAGCCCGUCCGUGUCUGCAAUAUCUGCUUUGACGUCUUGACUCUGGGCGGAGUCUCCUAGUCGCCCGCAAGAGGAGGACCAACCCGUGGGCGCCGCCGCCGCCGCCACCUCUCUUUCCGCCCCGUCACCCGAGGCGCAGGGGAAGGGCAUACUUUUGUCUUCCUGUCACGACGGGCUCUGAUCCACCGAAGGGACCAGGCAAACUCUAUAUUCCAGUACAUAUAAUUCUUUCCUUUUUUCCUUCCUUUUUCUUUUUUCUUUUUUGUAUGAAUGUCAAUAGUUGAUCAUGAUAGAAACUGGAUCAGGAACAAGUAAGGAUCGUCGCAGAGCUGAUGCAUGCAAACAAGACGUGGAUUGGAUCAGGCCCCGCGCUCAGUCUAGCGCAGGGCGUUGGGAAAUGAGGCUGCGCACUUGCUGACCGUGUAACGAAACAGGCCUUGGGGGGCCGUGGAGCUGUGAGGGGGCUGCUCUGAAGUCCCGUCACGUGGGCUUCCUUUUUAAAAACAACAAUUGUGGUCGCUCUGUGCGAUGAUUCGGCCCUUUUGUUACCUUCCUGGAGGGAACGUUCCGGCUCUCUCUUUCUCUCUCCCUCUCGAGCUUUGCCAUAAAGCGGGCGACUGUACCAUG